CACACCCGGAUCUCUAUUUUUCUUCCGUUAAAACCCUAAUUUUUCAUUUUUCUCCGGCGACCGUCGAUAGACUAUGAAGAGAACGAGAGAGAGAGUGAGGAAUCCGUGUUUGACGAAAGGAGAAGAGAACUGUCCGAGUUGUUGAGUAAUGCGCGUGAGAGGUUGAGGAUAUAUAGGUCGUGAGGAGAGGAGGAGAGCAGCUGAGACGAGGAAAAUAAGAAGAGGGAGAAAAGUUCGGUGUUGGUGGGAUUAAGAGAAUACAUCUCUUCCUCACGGAUUCGAUGUGUCUCGAUUCAAACCAACGCUUGAACAAAUGUUGAGUAGGCACGGGUACAUUGGGUGUGAGAUUUCUAUAAGAAUGAUAGUUUCAGAUUCCCAAGACAGCCGUAAAAUUGGUUGGGAAACCUACAGGAAUCUUGACAGAGAACCAGAUAUUGAUGUUCACUGAUUGCAAAAUACCCAAGACGUCUCAAAUCUCGGACGGUCAGAUCAAGAAUGAAAUUCGGAGGUGGAUUCGAAGGAGUCAAGGAGGUGAACUCCUGGUUCUAAUUGCUGGAGACGAGGAUUAUCUAGUUGUUCUUGAGGAGCUGCGAGCUUCAGGGAAAGAUUUACACGUCUUCCUCAUCUAUCCGGAGAAUGGGACACAUAAAGUUAUCCGAAGAUUUGAAGUAGAGGGAAGGGAAUCCUUGGAAGACUUUCUGUCAGAGGCUCAAGGGGGAACUAGCGGCGAUGACGACGACGAAUCUGGUGACGGGGACGGGAGCGGAGGCGGAGGUGGAGGUUCUGGGUCCAAAAAAGGCGGCGGAGGAAGUAAGGGAUUCAGGGACACUUGAGGAAACAGCCUAUGUUGGACUUAGAGGAGCCACUCUGAAGAUGAGCUAAGUGUCUUUCAACUUCAGGCUUAUUGUGGAACUUAUCUUCUGUUUAAGAAGUAUCUUGAAAAACCCUUAAUUUUGUUGUCUUUUCAACUUUAUUUUCUUCAGCGAUUUUGGGGGUUCCCAGUGAAUCGAAUGGAGCAGGCCCCUUUUUUUUUUUUUAUAACUGUUAAAUAGAGAGAUAGAGGUCAAUAUAGGAUAAAAUCUAUUUUGUUAUUUCGUUCGCGCAUUAAAAAAAAUAAUAAUAUUAACGACGGUGACCU